CGGGCCCGGUAACAGCCGUUGUGCGAAGUGUUACGUGUAGCAGUAUAUUCUGAUAUAAAAAAAAGAGAGUGUGGUAGAGAAGCAGCCAACAACUUGUGCGGCCUAUUGACGUAUACCGCUGGGGGCUCGCGCUGUGAUUAACCUGUGUUGCAGAGGACCAUCUAUCAAGCCCCCUUUCUUGGGAGGAUGUACGCUGCACGUUAGUGGUCAAAGUCACGCAACGGCAAAGUAAGGUUCAAGCAAAAGGCUUCGCGAACGGCACGUGAAGCAGCCGCAGAGUCAUGCUGUGGAGCUUGCUGAGGACUUGGUUCCUGGCGACGAGCGCUUUCUACGCCCUGCGGCCCGCCGUCAGCGCGGCGCUGUUCCUGGUCUUCGGGGCGGGCGAGCUGCUGUGCAUGUGUCUGGGCGUUGCGGCAGCUGUCUGCCUCAAGGGCCGCUCGGUGCUCGAGGUCAGGGAGAGGACGGAGGAACCGGAGUGCCUCAGGGACCCCGCCCUGGGAACUCACGAGUUCGUCACUUCGGAUGACGGUGUGACAUUGCACUAUGUGACUGCCGGAAGUCGAGAGAGGCCCUUGGUGCUUUUGCUCCACGGUUUCCCUGACAUUUGGUACACGUGGCACAAGCAGAUACUCGAGCUCAAGAAAAACUACUGGGUCGUAGCACCAGACAUGCGAGGGUACGGACAGUCUACAAAGCCGUCUGAUGUUGAGGAAUACCAGAUGUCGUACCUGAUCAAUGAUGUCAGGGGCCUCCUGCAGUCGUUGGGGAGGAAGAAGGUCAUCCUCAUUGGCCACGACUGGGGUGCCGUGGUGUCGUGGUGCUUCGCCAACAAGUACCCGCAGAUGGUGGACAGGCUGGUCGCUAUCAACGGAGGCCACCCGGAUGCAAUGAGGCAACUGUUGCAGACCAGCCUCACGCAGAUGCUCAAGUCGCGCUACAUGGUCGCCUACCAGUGUCCCCGCAUACCGGAGGCAUGGCUGACCAUGGACGACUUCGCCAAACUGACGAGCCUGUGCGAAAGCGGUGACGGCGCGCAGGAAACCUCCGUGCUCCAGUACACGUUCUCGAAGCCAG